CCAUUUCAUGCCCUAGACACCAAUUUCUUCUCUACCCCGCGCCUCCACCGGCCAUAAGCCCGUAACAUGCUGUUUGUAGCGAAAAUAAGCUGCGAGGAACCACAGGAACAUUGUUUUUCUCAAUUAUUUUCUGUAAAUUCGAUUGAGAUCAAUGGAUUUAGUGUUUUUGGGGGACAAAGAGCUCCGGGAAAGUGUGAAAAGGGAGUCUUUCCUUUUGCUUUUGAUCCUCUAAAACGUGUAACAGAUCUUUGGUUCUCUUGAUUUUGCUCUUGUUUUUUUUCUUUAAUUUUAUAUUCGGGUAUUGUUCACCGUUGAGAUGGAUGCGGUGGAGUUGCCCCUUCCGGCGGCUGUUGCUAUGUCGAAGCUUUUGACUGGCGAGGGUGUUGGUAGAACGAAGGCUACGAUGGAGGAAGAGGAGAUUCGGGAACCUGACCGUGUUUCCAUCCUUGGAAGCCCUUCGAGUACUGGCUGCAGCUCUUCUACCGGUCGUAAAGAGGUAAAUUCUGUUUCUAGGCACAGAAAGGCUGAUGCAGAAAUUUUAAAGCAAGAGAGUAAGUUUCCAGAUCAUCACAGUGAAAAUAUUUCAGGACAUUGUAGGGAUUCAAAUAAUUUAUUAUUGCACAAGUGUGAGAGCAAACAAUUACACCGAAAAGGGGGAAAAGUUCCAAGAAGUUGUAGUCCCUGUUCUAAGAGACCACGAACAGAGCAACCAGAGAAUCCCAUGACUCAAGAUGGAAUCGUAAUAUCUGAGAAACUAGCAUCUGGGGUUACAAAAUGCACAUCUACUGAAAAAUCUCGGGUUAUCAAACAAAAGCACAGCCUAGAUGGGAAACGAGGAGACAGAAGAAAUUCUAAAGCAGCUAUGAAGACUAAAUUUGACUCUUUCUUUUCAAAGGCUGGUUUUAUUGGCUCUAAUUCAGCUGCAGGAGGGAAUAAUCUUCUUGGAAUAUAUGGUCUCAAGUCAGAUAUUCAUGAUAUUACAAAGCAUGUUGAUGAGCUGUCAUUGAAUGAACUCUUUGAUGACAAUUACAAGUGUCCUAGUUUAUGCCAAGACAAGGGGAAGAAAGCCACCAAUACGAGUGAAAACAUCUUAAACUUGGUUAGAAAGGCUUGCUCCAUUCUUCAGUUCCAGAGACACGCGCAAUCCCAAAAUGUUGUUGAUAUUGACAGUAACAACAGAAAAACUUCUCCAUGGCCAUUGAGCUCCGAGUCUUGUGUAAAAAACAGUGUUGACUGUGAUAAAGGGGAUAAUUUCACAACAGAUUUGGCUUCAUCCAGUAAGGAUUCUAUUAAGCCAGGAGCUCCCAUCAAUGCAAAUAGUUCUCAACUUUAUGAACUUAAAGAUAUGCUGGGCCGCUUAGCUCUUCCACCAGCCAAGGACUUGGAUUCUCUCUUGUUGGAUACAGUCAAAUCUGCAGUAUCUUCAAGGAACAUUUCAGAUCUACGUUCAGGCAAGCCAACAUCUAACAGGUCUAGUUUGCCGUCUUUUUCUUGGUCACAUUCAUUAAGUGGGUCCUGUAGAACCAAUAUCGAUCCAGGCAAGAUGUCAACAAACAGGAGCACAUGCCAAAGUAGAUGGGUAAGAAUGGGGAAUGCUGCCAGCUCUCCUGGGGUUGCUCUUGCCUUUGCAGAUUUGGACUCACUGCCCUAUGAUGAUAGUCUAGUUCCUUCAGGAGGAAAAGAGUUCGUUCAUGAAAGUGAAAAAUCUCUUUCCGUACAUGUUAAUUCAUCUUUGUGUGAGCCGUUGUCAUCUACUGUGGCAUGUCAUCUUCCAGAAGCUGAAGGCGAUCUCAAGUGUCAAGGAAACUGUGCAGUUUUGAUGGGUUCCCCAGUUAAUGCUAUGCCAGUUCAAGAGACUGAAGUUGAUUUUGUUGAGAUGGAGCAGUCAGAAAGAACUGAUGCUGGGCAUUCUCCAAGGGUAAUCUCUGCUGCUCAAACUCUCUAUGAAAUUGCAACUCAUUCCUGGAAGCAGAAAGAAGGCAAAGAAGGUGAUGGAAAGGUUAGAUGGCCGAAGAGACCUUCAACAAAAGCCAUGAAAGCCCCAAAGCCAGGGGCUUCAACAGGAAAAACUGAAAGUGUGUCUGUCACCGCAAAACCAGAAACUGGACAUGGUUGUAUCACUGACCAGACGACAACUUCUAAGAGACCGAGAUUGCACACAAAGGAUGAGAGAAAGGAUGUCAGUCCAAAAAAGGGCCUUGCAAGAGGAAUGAUUAAGUGGUCUACCCCUACAUCAAGCAAAUCGUCGUUGAACAAAUUUGAACAAGAAUCGGUUACUGAUACCAAGCUGUUGAACUCUGAUCCUAUUAGGCUAUUGGGUACAUUGCCUUCCCCUGCAAGAAUGUUGGACAAGGCAUACAACGGUCAGCAGAAGUCAAGGAUGACAUUGGCAAUGGAUUGGGGUAGAGGAAAGAGCAAGAAGGAAUGAUGGUUACUGUUCCAUGUUGAUGGGCAAUGGUCGUUAACAUUGUUGAUAUUGGGGUUAUUUUUCUCUCAAUGGAGGGCAGUUUGUAUAUUAACCUGCCAGGUCAAAAGGGGGUUCCUUUUUUUAGUUAAAAUAGAUUUGCAUUUUCUGAGAAAAAAAGGGGUUCUUUGGCAGGAUGAAUUAUGUUGAUGUUGUAAAAGUAAAUUGAAGGAUAGGUGUUGUAGAAUGGGGAAUUGGUUGGGACGACAUCAUUUGUAAUUGUUUGUUGCCUUUCUGUAGAGCAUUGGAUGAGGCAAUAGAAAUCAACGUUUCUCUC